AUGGGUCGGUCAACCCUGCAGUGCAUGGAGGAGGGACAAAAACGCUUACGAGUGGACUUCGACACCUCUGCCGGGGACGAGACUUACACCAAGCUCAAGGCCAGCCUGGAGAUGGCGAAGCAGUUCACGAAGCUGUUGGCCGAGGCCCUCAUCUGCGGCGGGGGAGGGGUUGAGGGGGGGGAAGAGGGAACAGGGCAAACGCUGGCUUUAUUUUUCCCGGAUGCCGGGUCGGCGGCACUCGCCAAGUUCGAGUGGGGGUCUGGCACCGAGAAUGCGCAGGUGCCCGCUGGGGUAAGGUUUUGCACGGUGAAGACGGACUCGCCGGCAGACACGGACGUCGGGUGCAUUCUGCUGUGCCCUCAGAACUCGGAGGCGGACUUCGCGCUCGAGCUCGUGAAGAAGAUCGAGGCCAGGGGGCAGUUCAUGGUCCUGGUCAACCCGGCGCUCAUCAACAUGGGGACCACGGGCUACGGCCUGGCGGGGAGGAGGAUCCGAGACGAGAUCAUCUCGACCUUCCAGACGACCUACUACUUGAGAACGUUGCCGUGGGGGGCUGUGACAAAGGAACACGGCAAGAGGUAUACGGUGUGGCAGGACGACGCCGACGACCCGUCCGGCUACCGCCUCCUGAAGGCGGUCUCCGAGAGGCCGGUGGGAGAGGCGCUGGACGACAUCUACGACAUCGCCAACGGCCUGGCGGACGAGGACUCGGCGCCCGAGUUCCUCGAUUCCGUCGCCAAGUUCGUCCGAGACUUCGGGAGGUUGUGAUUGUGAUGGAAUCGAUUUUUUGUUUUCCCUUACUCUUAUCUUCAUUUCAAACAGCAGGAAGAAAAAUGUUUUUUGAUGGAAUAUACGAGAGAGGCGCACGGGCGAGACGACUGAACGUUUGUGGUAUGGAUCGUCUAGGUGUUUGGGGUCGCGGCCACAGUCAAGCGCAGAAACCGCCAGCUGCGGCCGCCUUUUGAUGGGGUGCGCGUGGCUGGAGCCCACGCACGAGACUGACUGCUGCGGUGGCCCCCCUCGCGACUACUGCUGCGCUCCCGGACGCGCCGGGGGGCUAAUGAUGGGGGCUUGUAAUCGCUUCCCCCCCCCUUUCCGAUUUCUUGGGGG